AUGCAGGUGCGUCUUGUGGUGGAGUUGUUGUGGCCUCUCUUUCUGUUCUUCAUCCUGGUCUGGGUAAGAUCAACCACCCAACCCAUUUACCAGGGCGAAUGUAAGUAGAACGGUCCCACUUUAAGCAAACUACAACUUAUUAAGGCUUUAUAAUGCAUGUAUAAAGUAUUUACAAUUUCAAUAGAUGCUUCACAAAUAAACUGUAGAUAAACUGUAGAUGCUCACAAAUCAUUAUACUCUAAAUGGUGCAUAAAAGGCAAUAUAAUAGCUCCCCCUGUAAUCUAUUGCACUCCAAUCACAAUGUUUCUAAUCGUGAAAUGUGUCUCUUCCUUUCUCCAAUUUCUGCUGUAACUUUGUCACCUGGUAAAAGUAGCAAUGUCACCGUGGCCCAGCAAAUGUCGUACCUGUGACUGUAACACACUGUUCAGUAUCACUCUUCCUACAAACUCUCAUUAUUAUAAUGUAUUUUCAGACACCCCUACUCCGUUUGACAUAAAGUAUGAGUAGGAAGUAGGAACAUUUGGUCAUGUGGAGUAUGGAUGUCCUAAAAUGUACACCAUACUUGUUGUGAGUUCACCUGAAAUGUCAAAUCCAACUAUUAAAGGGUAAUGGCUAGAUGGGAUACAGUUUAUGUCAAAGUGACAUCAAAAUAUGCAUGUUUGAGUUGCGUCUGGGAUAAUUUUUGCAUUUUAGCUAAGCCUAACCCUUUUCCUAACCUUAACCUAAUUCUCCUAACCUGUUACGUUAAUUCUCCUAACCUGCUGCGUAAGUUCUCCUAACCGGCUACGAAAAGUAACUUCUGACCAUAGCUGUAUACCAUCUAGUCAAAACCCUAUUAAAGUGGCUGAGGGCGUAUGCAAGAUGGCCGCCGAGUCAGCUGACACUGACACACAAGUCAGCUGACACACAACAUGAACACACACCAAACAAUUCUCUAAUUGAAGCCAUCAUCUGAGGACACUGCAGAAAGCUGCAGAAAGAUGGUGGAGGAUGAGGACUUUUAGGUGCUCAUGUAUGGAAGGAAAUGAUUGUGUCUUUUUUUGGUUCCAGGUCAUUAUCCAAAUAAAGCCAUGCCUUCUGCCGGGGUGCUGCCUUGGCUUCAAGGCAUGAUGUGUAACAUAGACAACCCAUGUGAAAACCAUUCCACGCCAGGAGAAGCACCGGGACAAGUCAACAACUUCAACAAUUCCAUGUAUGUAGAAGGGCAACCUUUUUCAAGCCAUUUACCUACAGUGACAAUUUCCAAAUUUACUGUAAUUGAUCCUGGUUUGAGUUACAUUAUUUCACCUUGAUAAUGGUAGGUUUUGGUAGUCAGUUGGCCGUUGAUGUUCCUUUAGAAAGUGAGUUAUAUCACAUUUGAGGUAGGCCUAUAGCUAUCUUUCAUUUAACCAUGCAUUGACUAAGACUUUUUAAAUUCUUCCUCUGUCCAACCAGAAUUGCUGGGAUGUUGAUCGAGUUACAGUCACUUCUGGCAAACAGAUCCAUCCUAACCAAGGUCCAGAUGCUUUCAGAUGAUGUGGACCAGUGGGCUUUGAUUCUACAGACAUCUAACCAUGCAAAAGGUACAGUAUUUCAACUGUUUUCAAAUUGUUCAAACAGUUUUUUAGGGCCCUAGAAAAUCAUGAGCCCAUUGCAGUGAUAAUCUACUUUAGCACACCAACUCAACUGAUCCUGUACUGUUCAAUACACUGAGGACCAUAUUAAUAAACUAAGUUCUAAGCCAAAUCCUGAAUAUCUCAUGAAUAAUAAAGCUUUUACAGCCACUGACUAAUGGCUCAGCAGUAAUUGGAACAGUAUAAUACUUUACCAGACUGACAAUCACUUUGCCAUGGAUUUGACCACGGUCCUCUAUCCACUGGAGUAGCCCAUUCACGAGGGUGACAGUUUGGAGGAUUUGUCAUUCUCUGAGAUCACUCGAAAAACAAUGACAACUGAUUAUUUAUGAUCUAAUUUGCCGUGUGGAGUGGCAGAUCGUUUAUCUUCAUAGGUUGCUACUUCGCAUUAGGCUCAUUUAGCCUGAUGAUAUUCAGAUUUUCACAAGGCACCUAAUUAGCAAAUAGGCAAAAGGGGGCCCAGCCAUUGUUGAGGCUCGCACAAACAUUGCACCCAAAACCGUAUUUGCAUUUUGGGGUCACAGUCUUGUAAUAUACAAGAUUAAAUCCAUCAGAGAUCUAAGGCACGGCUUAAUUAAUGGGAUACGCUGUCUGAGGCGACAUAGCGAAAGGUCAUAUAACACAAGGGAGAGGCAGAGGGAUAUCAAAGGGACGUAAAUGGCAAAGGUGGUUGUGUUGUGCUUCUCAACUGAGAUUAUUAAAAGUGUUGGGGUAGGGACUCCAAUCUCGCCCGGUAACCAAGUUCAGACAGAGCCCAGAGCAUGUUUUUGUUUCGACCUGUAAGCGUCAUGUUGUCCUACCUUAUUGAUGGUGUUGAACAUGGUAAUGACAGAGGUAGUAGUAGUUUUAGUAAGAGUAUAGUGACAGGAUAAGUAUCUCCACCUUGAAUUCCUAUAAGCAUGAAUUUAACGUCAUAGGUACAUACUAUAAUUUAUUUUCUACCAUAUUACGAUGCCAUGUGUGUGGCUUAAGUCAAAAUGUUCCCAGCAUAUUCUCCAAUAUUGAUACUCAUGAGUUUUUUUCAAAAGCAGAUUUCUUGAGAAUACUCAACGAACCAUGUAGCCUAAGAGAUAAACAUUGUGGAGUGAAGUAGUAAUGGGCUGUCUUUGGCUUGUGAUCUCCACCCAGACAUUCUCACCAGUCUAAGCGGGGAGGAUUACAUUAAACAGUCGAUUGGUUUUGAUGUUGUCAUUUCGACCAAGACUAUCAGUGGGCAUCUAAUCAGUACAAAAUGACUGCUUAACUGACUGAUGCAUGUUUAGCAACGAUGUGCCAGCUCCCACUAAAACAAUUCCACUGGCGACCCUCCCUCGCUCUUAUCCACAUUUUAUUGCAACAUUCACCUGUGGAAUACAAUACAAUUUCAAGUCUGAGUCAUCAGUACUUUAUGACCAAAUGCCUCCCAAAGUGAUGUUAAACAAAAAAAAGCAAAGCAAAGCACUUUGGGAAAUGCUACACUUAAAUGUAUCAGUUGGAUGCUGUCAACAUCAAAUGUGUAAGGAACAUCACAUUCACCCCAUCUUUGAUGUUUGCCACGUCUAUGGAGUAUACUGUAUUACAUGCCGUCUAUCAAACAAACUGACACAGCUCCCUCAAAAAUAGUUUUCAUCCCAGAUCCAUUCUAAUUCUGCCCGAGUGAAAGCACAUUACUUGUUCUCCCCCUUCAUGUUUAAGGUCAGCCCAUUCCUCUGAGAAGUAUCCUGAAUGACAAUGAAAUGUUCACCACAUAUCUGAGGGAGAACUUGUCCGUGCCAAUGACGGUAGCCGACAGUCUGAUUACCUCAAAUGUUCGCCUGAAUGGGGUGAGUAAGCAUAAUACCACACAAUAUUUUUUUACCCAUCAUAGUACUGCAGAGUGGUCUGGAAACAACAAUGCACUCUUAAAGCUGGAAGAUUUAACUUUUUGGGCGAGCCGAACAAAUUCACAUAAAUAUAUGUUAUAGAUAUGUCAUUCUUAUUGAAAGCAAGUCUAAGAAACUGUAGAUCUGUUCUAUGUGCGCUAUUUCUAUGCUUCCUGUUCUUAAGUUUCGCUUUUGUGUCUUUUGCUUUUGUACACCAUCUUCAAACAGCUGAAAAUACAAUAUUUGUGGUUAUGGAAAAUAUAUUUCAGUUUAGAUGGUACAAUGAUUCUCUACACUUGUUUUGUCACAUAAACUAAAAUUAGGUGAACUAUUAGAAUUUUAGCAACCAGGAAAUGGCGGAGCGAUUUCUGCAUAGUGCAUCUUUAACAAACAUAAUACAACUCUUAAAUCCAAAAUGAAUCUUCUGCCAACCCCCUCUCCCCCACAAGACACAAACACACUUUUGAGUCGCAGUGCAGUGGCGCUAGAGCUAGUUUUGAAAUGCCUUGUUCGAUGGCACAACGGUUGGAGAUUGUAGUUGGGAUCAGAGUCUAGCAUCCUCCCACUUCUUUUAGUGCCUAACACUAGAUUCGAACUGACAACCUUCUGGCUUCAGGUCUGCCUCUCCAAUCUCUAGGCGUCCUACUUCCCCAUAUGAUUGAACAUAAUGCAUUGCAAGGACAUCAUUUCAUGACUGUUCUAAUCGAUUCAGGAGAGACAUACUAUAUGACUUUGCAGAGAAUUUACAAUAAGUCAAUAUUUCUCAAUCUAUUCCUAGGGGUGCACAUCUUUGUUCUAGCCCAGCACUAACACACUUGGUUCAACUAAUCCCCAAAUCAUGUGUGUUAGCGCUGAGCUAAAACACAAAUGUCACACCUUGGGGGUACCCCAGGAAUUGAUUGAGAAGCACUGCUCUACCUGGCACGUUUGUGUUUGGGUGAAAUGCAGCUGUGGUAGCGAUAAGUGUGAUCUAUGAGUGGCCCCUUCAGAUGUUUCCCAUUGAUGCCCUGCCAUGUUCCAACUGAUAUCAGAUGAGGAGGAAGAAGAUAAUUAUGUGUGCCGGGCUGUACGCUCCUCACUAACAAGGGUGCUUGGUGUGUGUAAAGUACACAAAUAGAACUCCAGGUAGAAAUAUAAACAGAUUGUCAUUGCUAGCUAAAGCUAACCAACUAGGUUCAAUGUUAGUUAGCUAGCUAACAUCAGGCUAUAACCAGCAAUGCAAAUUACUUUCUGAGAUAAUAUUACUACACAGAUCAUACACAUAAUGUUCGCUAGCGAGCCAGCCAGCCAACGUUAGCUAGUUAACUAACAGUACGCUUUAACUUGCAAUGAAAACCACUUUCUGACAAAAUUAGAAACGUAUAUAUUAUGUUGGCAUGAUGAUAUAAUGGUUUGGAUGGCUGUGGGGGCAAAGUAUGUUUGAAUAAAACCCAAGGUGAGAGAGAUUUUUCCUAAACCUGAGAAGCUGAGCUUGGUGCUUCAUUAAAUAUGCUUUAUGGAUGUUUAGUCACUUAACUCAAGGAACCACACAAUCCUUCGUUUUUGGCUAACAAUAUGCUUUGCUCAUGGGCGUGGGGAAAUUAGGUCAUUUCUGGCCAGUAUUUCUGGCCAUUUAGGGGACCCCUUUUAGCUCAAGAGCACCAGAGGCAAAAUGUCUGUACAACCUCUUUAAUUGAAGUUUGUUCUCUAUGUUUCUCCUCUCUUGGUCUCCACUGACUGUUGUAAAGUAAAAACAAUUUGAUUUAUUUAGCAUUGAUAUUUGCUGGAUUUCAUUGAAACCUUUCUUCCAGUAGAGGCGACAAAAGAGUGCACUCUCCUUCCCAGUUUAUCUUUGAGAGAAAAUGUAUGGGACAGCAAAAGCAAUGAAUAAGUGAUGAGGCAAGAAGUUCAAGGAGGGGAAAAAAAGCCAUUUGAACAACUUAAGCUUGGAGGCAUUUUCAGUCAUCGAAGAAAACGACAGACAAGAUAUGGCAAAAAAAAGUCAUCUGGCCCCCCUGAGCAAAAUGGAGGGGAAAAAAAUACUCUUUCACACUCUGAGAGCUUGGAGUUGGAGAAAAGUGGUGAUAAUAAAUACAUAAAGAAAGGGCCUUUAGAAAGAAGAAAAUAGUCUGGGUUUAUCGAGACAGCAUUGAGUGGUAUAGUGGUGAUUUAGUUGUGUUGAGACUUAAUAUAUUUUUUUGAAGGGAGCACAGAGCACAACAUGGUGAGGUUAUAGGGAGCGCUGGACAGCAAGUAACUGGUGCUAUCUUCUUGUCAUACAAGUGUCCAGGUGCACAUUACAGUAGCUUAGCGAUAUGACUUUUGCAACGUGGAUAUUUUAGCAAAACAAGGUGGUUGGAUAGUGUGUUUUAAACAUAGAAUAAUUUAAUUUAAUGAAUGUAAUUGAUACCCAGAGGGGAAAUUAGAUUUGUCAUCAGCAUUGGACGCAUAGCUACAGGGGACAAUACAGCCAUACAUAAGAACACAAAGUCCUGAUAGGACUGAUGGCUGGUAGAACCAGUGCAAUAUACAGAGCAUUCGGAAAGUAUUCAGACCCCUUGACUUUUUACACAUUUUGUUACGUUACAGCCUUAUUCUAAAAUUGAUUAAAUUGCAUUUUCCCCUCGUCAAUUUACACACAAUACCCCAUAAUGACAAAGCAAAAACAGGUUUUUAGAAAUGUUUCCACAUUUUGCGAUUACAGCCUUGAGUCUUCUUGGGUAUGAAGAAUCUCAAUGAUGGUGGUGGCAGCAUUAUGCUGUGGGGAUGUUUUACAGCGGUAGGGACUGGGAGACUAGUCAGGAACGAGAGAAACUGAGCAAAGUACAGAGAGACCCUUGAUGAAAACCUGCUCCAGAGUGCUCAGACUGGGGCGAAGGUUCACCUUCCAACAGGACAACGACCCUAAGCACACAGCCAAGACAAUGCAGGAGUUGCUUCUGUACAAGUCUCUGAAUGUCAUUGAGUGGCCAGCCAGAUCCCUGACUUGAACCCAAUCGAACAUCUCUGGAGAGACCUGAAAAUAGCUGUGCUGCGACGCUCCCCAUCCAACCUGACAGAGAUUGAGAGGAUCUGCAGAGAAGAAUGGGAGAAACUCCCCAAAUACAGGUGUGCCAAGCUUGUAGUGUCAUACCCAAGAAGACUCAAAGCUGUAAUCGCUGCCAAAGGUGCUUCAACAAAGUACUGAGUAAAGAGUCUCAAUACUAAAUGUCAGUUUAUUAUUUUUAAUACAUUUGCAAACAUGUAUUUGUCAUUAUGGGGUAUUCUGUGUAGAUUGAUGAGGACAAAUAUAUAGUUAAUCAAAUGUAGAAUAAGGCUGUCGCGUAACAAAAAACAUGUAAAACAUUAAGGGGUCUAAAAUAUUUUCCGAAUGCACUGUACGACAUCAAUAGCAUCAACAGAAUCAACUACACAUUAUGAAACAUCUUGAGAUAUAGCCCUUAUCACAUGGUAAAUGUAUAGUGAAAACCAGUCUUAUUAUGUUGUACAGUAAAUUACACAGCUAUUACUAUUAGUUUUUGUCCCCAACUCAUUUUCAGUCACAUAAUGGUCUGCAUGGAUGUUAUGAACUCUGAAACAACAAAAAUCUGAGGAGGUUAUUUUGGGGGCAUUCCUUCUGAAGUUACUGUACCCGUUAGAGUUCCCAUUACAUCUAGUAAGGUCACUGUCUUGGUAACCUUUGUGGUUUCUGAGUCCACAAUGAAAUUAGUGUUCUAUUUUUGUAACACCAUUCCAUGCUCUAGCCUCCCUUGGAAACACAGCUGUGAAAUGACAGAUAAUGUGGAGAAUAAAGAGCGAAACAUCAUAUAGUUUACCGAAUGGCUCUGAGAGAUUGCCUUGUGCCAUGGGUCUACUUAUCAAGCCAUUAAUACGAUACAGUCCAAGACCUCUCUUUCUGCCCAUUGACUACUUAGCUGUGAUUUUAAGCUGUUUCACCCCAUAUUUCUUGAGUGAGAUGCCGAUGUUUUUCCAAUCAGCGCGUCUCGGCUUCCUUGUGUAUUGCUGCCAAGGGUAAAAUUUAACUCAGAGUUCAAAAAGGGCUGCGGGAUAAACAGGGAUUCUAGUGACACCUCCUUGAAUUUGUAAAUUAUCUGUGGCUUAUACUUUUCAUAAAUACUAAUGGGGGAUUUAGGAUUCAUUUUCUCUCUUUAGCGCUCUCGCUCUAUGGAUUUGAGCUAUAUUGUUUUUCUCAGUGAAGGUCAACAGGGACUCAUGUUAGCAUACUCCUGACACAUGGACAUUAUAGUGUUUUAAAGGACAUGUGCAGUGGCUGGGCUGCCUUGUGCCAUUGUGUUUUAGCCAUCAGAUAUGUGGUAUGGCUAUGAAUCAUAUUCCUGCCAUUUUAUAAAAAUACAUCCCCUUAAAACAUUGUUGGGGAAGAUAUUGGUUUUGACAUUGCUUGGACUAAAACUUACCACAGGCCUCAUGAACCCAAUAAUUUUAAAAGAGGGCACUGUUGGAAAAAAUGCAGUGUCUAGGCUGUUUUUCCAUUGUUACAGUAACUGUACUUUAUAUAGUGUUGUAUAUCCUCAAGCAACCAUUGUUUUAAACUGAAGACAUGCACCUGAAAAGAAAAUGCAGAACUACUCUCUGUCGGACAGUUUUGUUGCAAAUACCUGUGGUGUUUGAGGUAACAUCUGAGGUGUUAGCUUAAAGUGGAAGUUCAGAAUUUAUAACUUAAUCUUAGGUUUCUCACCGUGAAAGUAGUCUACUGGCAAGAAUAAACUUUAAUCCAUUGUUUGGUUUUCUUUAAAUAGCCACUACAAACAUGAGCGAGCUUUAGCCAACGCUAGCUAAAAAUCAAUGGGAGUGAUAGGGGCAACAGUGCAAUUCAGAUUGAGGAACCAUCUAACAUUAAGUUGUAAAAUACAGAACUUACCCUUUAAAACACUGAGCCUGUUACAAACAAAUACACAUUAUGUAUUGGAUAUAAAUCAACAAUGUUUGCUAAAUCAACUUCUUAUUCCCUCAUUUAGCUACCUACGGCUUUGGAUUUGACUCCGUCCGAGACAUUUGGAUUAGUAAGAAAAACUACAGAGGAUGCCUUACCCGUGAUUGAUGAGGUUGGUGUGGUAGUUAUUUACCAUCUGAAAGAAUAG